AUGAAGAAUAAAACUGAUACUACAAGUAGAACUACUCCUCGCACUCAUGAACAAUUACCACAUUUCUUACAACAAGUUUUACCCGAUAAUUAUACUUAUAUUAUUAAAUCAUAUAAAGAAUUAGAUCUCGAAAAUUUUCCUGGUGCACCACCUGCUGCUUUUGAUUCUACAUUUUACGUAAAUAUCGCAUCAGCUGAAGCCAUUGAAGAAUGGCGAACAGCAUUUCAUAAUAAAACUGGUACCAUCUUUCGUAUUACUCGAGCCGAUAAAGUAAAAGGAAUAAAAGUUAUCUAUCAUAAAGAUUUUCAUUGUAGACAUGCAGAUAUUGCAGCUAUUAAAUAUAUGCAAAAAACUUAUGCACAAAAAGCUGGACAAAGAAGAAGUCGAAAUACCAAUUGUCAAUGUUUAGCAAAAAUUCGAUUAGAAAAAAGUAGACUUAUCCUUUCUCAUCCCUGUGAAAUUCAUCUUUUAUAUAAUCAUAAUCAUCCUUUGGAAAUUUUUAACCUUACACCACCAACUCCUUCUAUGAUUUCUUCUACCACAAGUGACGAAAGUGGAAAAAGUACUCCACAACAUAAUUUGGAAUUUGAUUCAAUUGAUAUUUAUGGAAAUGAAACAGCAUAUAUUGGUUACCCAUCGCCACAUGAUCAUAAUCACCAUUUUCAGCCUCAAUUUACUGUCUCACCUACUCCAACCAAUGCGAUUCCUGUUCAUUUCUCAAAUAAUCAAUUUAUUCCAACAAAUCACGUGGACUCAAUGGAAGAUAAUCACGUGACACAUUAUACAUCAACCCCAUCACCACCUAUUCAUCAUCAGUACCUAACUUCUCCAUCACUUUCGUCUACGUCUUCGUCUUCGUCAUCAUCGCCGUCACCUUCAUUACGAUUAUCACUCAAAAGGUCGGCCUCAGAUUUACAAACGCAAGAAAUUAUUUCAGUACGAAAAAGAAGAUCGACGGGUGUAAAAAGGCAUAUAACUGAUAUGCCUGAUAUGAUAAUUGGUUUAACGCAACAAAUUUAA